AUGCGUCGGAAAUUUACUCUGCUGUACCCAUUUUUGUUUUCAGUGCUGUUCAUCUCUCUCAUUUUCCAUGUGAAGUCCGGCGUCGAAAGACAUCGUGCUAUCAAAUCCUUGAAAGGGAGUAUCCGUCAAAAACCCUCCUCUCCCCUGCCAAAAGGCAGCUGGCCAAACCCUCAGAAAUUUCGAGAGACUGUGAAGAAAUGUUCGAGCUACGUGGAUUACGCUUCAGUGCCGCAUUUUAAAGAAACCGACAAAGACGCAACGCUAACUUUACCCUUCCAACGGCCACCAAAGAACUGCCGAACCUUUCAAUCUCCACUGGUGGAAUUGUUUCUUCCAGAGUUUACAAAACGUUUGAAAAAUCGCGACUUGGCAAGGUUAUUUGAAAACACUUUCCCGAACACCAUAGAUACUACGAUUCUGUGGCACGUUACGGGGGAAGCUAAUCGAAAGCUCAACAAUCACAAGUUAAAGCCCUUGUUAUACAGAAACGAAGUUCCGGAAACUUUUGUGGUCACGGGCGAUAUUCAUGCCGAAUGGCUGCGAGACUCGGCCUGGCAACUUUCAGUUUACCAGCCUUUUAUCCAGCACGAUGUGGCAUUAAGGGAGCUAGUAAGAGGGGCUAUAAAUACCCAGGCACAGCUGCUGAUGGAAAAUCCCUUUUGCAAUGCUUUUAAUCCCCCGCCUUACUGCGAGGUGGAACGCGCAUCAAGCACCAUCGAUAAGGUUCGACCAUUACCCGAUUGGAAGCGAGCUUUUGAGUGCAAGUAUGAAAUCGAUUCUUUGGCGUCUUUUUUGACUUUGUCACGACAGUUCUACGAGAAUGCUCCUCACGAUGACAGGUUUUCAUUCAUCAACAUAGACUGGCUUAUCGCCGUGAAAAGGGUAAUUGAUGUGAUUAUCCUGGAAUCUACACCAACUUAUGGAGAAGAUGGAGCACCUAACCCUUUCCCAUAUGUUUUUCAACGGGACACCAACGUAGCUUCUGAGACCUUGCCACUGGCUGGCACGGGAAAUCCUGUCAACGGCGGCACAGGGCUGGUCAGGUCUGCUUUCAGACCUAGUGAUGAUUCAACAAUAUUCCAGUUUUUCAUACCUGGAAACGCAUAUUUAGCUGUGGAGUUAGAGGGUAUAUCGCGUAUUCUGCAGAGCUAUCUCAAACAUUUACCUGGUGGUACUCCGAACCCUAUUAAUGUAAAGGAUAUUUUGGAAACCGCAACUGAGUUAUCUGUACGAAUUCGACAGGGUAUUAUGGAACAUGGUAUUGUUACGCAUCCAAAAUUCGGAAAAGUCUUUGCAUAUGAAGUUGACGGGUUUGGAAGCUCUCUUUUGAUGGACGAUGCCAACAUUCCUUCACUACUAUCGCUGCCAGAGCUUGGAUUUAUUGACGCGAGCGACCCAGUUUAUGAAAAUACAAGGAAAAUGAUAAUGUGCAAGGAGGGAAACCCGUACUUCAUCCAAGGUUCGCAUCUGCAAGGCAUUGGAGGGCCUCAUAUAGGGAUUCACAACGUUUGGCCCCUCAGCAUGAUAGUGGCCAUCCGCACAUCUCAUGACGACCAAGAAAUAACAGAAUUGCUGAGUGCGAUUCUAGAAAGCACUGGGGGCCUGGGGUUGAUCCAUGAAUCCAUUCAAGCCUUCAGUCCACACGGACGCGCCUAUACGAGACCUUGGUUUGCAUGGGCAAAUUCUGAAUUUGCAAAGGCUAUUAUACAUCUUGCGCAGACUAAGCCGCAUUUAGUUUUUGACAAAAGUUACGUUAAUGAGAGGUUCGACCUGCAACGUUUCCUCUCCUCGUUAAAAUAA